CCGCGGCGUGCCUCGCCGGCUCUUCAGGGUCCGAGCUUCAUCCGAAACGAAGCGCCUCGUCACUUUCCUCCUUCGCGAGGUCGCGGACAACUUUUCCUUCGAGCGAUCGAUUAUUUCCUAAUCCGCGGCCUCGAUAUCUCUGACCUCCUCCUUUCUUCAACGUCUUAUCGCAGUGUCGGUGAAUCGUGUGUGACGGUGAUGUGACUACUUCUGUGCUUGGUGGUUGGUGAAGCUGACUGCAGAAAGCGUUUCUGGUUCUGGAGACCUGUUCUCUUCUUUUGAGAUUUCUUCGUCCUUCUGAGAACAGGAUCAUGGCAUCGUAUAGGAGCUACGGCGAUGCGGGAGCAUAUCGGAGCAAAACCGGCGUCGGUAUCGCUAACACGUUCGGUAGGAAUACUUCCGGCGGAAACAUGCCAAGCUGUAGAAGCAGCUAUUCCGGAAUUACGUCAAAUUCUACUCGAGUUGCCAAUAAGGAACGAGCGUUUGGUUUUGGAAGUCCCUUUCUUAAAAAGGAUAAAUUUGAGGAGAAAAAUACAUUUAAAUAUUCAUAUACCAAAGAUACUGACAAAGGUCGAUUGCAUUCCGGAAGAUCGUCGUCUGAAGACGUGAGCGCGAAGAGCUCGUUGUCUAACAGUAGGUCGUCUCUCUUCGAAAAGUACUCGUUUUCAGCUGGCAAAACAUCGGAAAAGCCGUCUUCCGUGUUGGACAGAUAUAAUCGACCGGCUUCGCGCGGAAAAAGCAGAGAGCCGGAAGGAAUAUCACGGUACGGAUCCGGCACAUAUCCUGGAUCGAAUUUCGUACGAAGUUAUGGCAACGACGGUAGAAUCGAAAAGAAGGACCACCCGCCAGUCUCCUACAGAGGAUUACGUCCCAAUUCCGGAAAAUCAUCACGCGAACCCAGUCCGGAAAUCGGUGUCAAAAAACUAAUUCCUACAGGAUUUAUUCAAGAGCGUCAUCUUAUAGUCGCUCAGCUGUUUCGCCCACUACGUCCGAAUCAAGCUCGACUACAAUUUCAACGAGAUUUGGCUCGACAGCUGGUUCACGAUUUCUCUCAUCGCGAAACAACGAACAAGCGUCCACGGCCAUAAAUUAUUCUGCGGCGGACAGAUUCCGAAAUACGAAUAGUAAGUCUAUUAAUC